GCAACGACCCCCUUUCGGAAUAACGGCUAAUGCGCUCUCGCUCUUUACUUCCUCUUCUUCCUUACUAUCCCCUCUAUGUUCGUUCCUUCUCUCAAACCAUAUUCUCAAAUACGCAUUACUCAAAACUCACUUUUAAUGACUCCCAACUUUUCUAUUUCCUCUCCAAUCACCGUUUCCAAGAAGCCCGUAACCUGCUCGACAAAAUGCCUCAAAGAAGCAACCAUGCCCGCGUUGUUCACUUGACUUCUCUUCUCUCAAAGUUCUCAAGGGAUGGUUUCAUUAAUGAAGCCAAAGCGCUGUUUGAUAUCAUGCCUGAGAGGAACAUUGUUAGUUAUAAUGCCAUGUUGUCGGGUUUUGUACAGUGUGGGAGGAUCAGUGAAGCAAGGAGGUUUUUCGGGGAAAUGCCUGAAAGGAAUGUGGUUUCGUGGACUUCGAUGUUAUGUGGGUUGUUGGAAAGUGGUAGAGUUUGUGAAGGAAAGAAAUUUUUCUAUGACAUGCCUGAAAAGAAUGUUGUGUCGUGGAAUUCUCUGAUUGGUGGGCUGAUAAGGAAUGGGGAUUUGGAGGAGGCAAGGUUGGUUUUUGAUGCAAUGCCGGUGCGUAACAUAAUUUCAUGGAACACUAUGAUUGCUGGAUAUGCUGAGAAUUGUAGAAUGAAAGAAGCUAGAAUUUUGUUUGAGGAAAUGGAGGAUAGGAAUGUGGUUACAUGGACUAGUAUGAUAGCAGGUUAUUGUAGGGCUGGUGAAGUGAAUGAAGGAUAUUGUUUGUUUUGCAGAAUGCCUGAGAGGAAUAUUGUUUCUUGGACUGCCAUGAUUGGAGGAUUUACUUGGAAUGGUUUCUAUGGAGAAGCCCUGUUACUCUUUCUUGAAAUGAAAGGGAACUAUGAAAUAAGACCUAACAGUGAGACUUUUGUAUCUCUUGCUUAUUCUUGUGCUGGCAUGGGAUUUCCUUUUCUUGGCAAGCAGUUACAUGCACAAGUAAUUGUUGAUGGCUGGGAAUAUGAUGAUUAUGAUGGCAGGUUAUCUAGGGGGCUCAUUCACAUGUAUUCAGUAUUUGGUAUCAUGAACUUUGCAUUUUAUAUAUUUAAAAAGAACUUGAAUAACUCUGCCGUGCAAUCAUGUAAUUCAAUGAUUAAUGGUUAUAUUCAUAUUGGACAGUUGGAAGAGGCUCAGUACGUGUUUGACAUAUCACCUAUCAGGGAUAAGAUUUCAUGGACUUCAAUGAUUGAUGGGUAUUUGAGCAUUGGACAAGUAUCAAAGGCUUGUUAUCUAUUUAACAACAUGCCAGAAAGGGAUGCAGUUGCAUGGACAGCAAUGAUUUCAGGUUAUGUCCAAAAUGAACUUUUUGUAGAAUCUAUCUCUUUAUUUUUGGGAAUGAGGGCGCAAGGUGUUUUUCCUCUGAAUGCUACAUAUUCCAUUCUUUUUGGAGCUGCUGGAGCUACAGCAAAUCUUGAUCAGGGGAGGCAGUUCCAUUGCAUGCUUAUCAAAACACAGUAUGAAUUUGAUUUGAUUCUUGAGAAUUCUCUUAUCUCCAUGUAUGCAAAAUGUGGGGUAAUAGAUGAUGCAUAUAACAUAUUCUCAACUAUGGUCUCUCGGGAUUUGGUUUCAUGGAAUUCAAUGAUCAUGGGAUUUUCACAUCAUGGGCUAGCAAAUGAAGCUCUAAAGAUUUUUGAAGCCAUACUUGAAUCUGGAAUUCACCCGAAUUCUGUUACCUUUUUGGGUAUUCUAUCGGCAUGUUGCCAUGUAGGCCUUAUCAGUAAAGCAUUGGAAUUAUUUAAUUCAAUGAGGCAUAUAUAUGGAAUUCAACCUGGUUUAGAGCAUUAUGUUUCUGUAAUCAAUCUUUUGGGCAGAGCAGGGAGAAUAAGGGAAGCGGAAGAGUUUGUAUUGAGACUACCUUCUGAACCAGAUCGUGCUAUUUGGGGGGCAUUGCUUGGUGUAUGUGGAUUCAGUGAGACAGGAGUGGAGAUUGCUAAACAUGCUGCCCAAAAACUGCUUGAGCUGGACCCACUGAAUGCACCUGCCCAUGUGGUUCUCUGCAAUAUAUAUGCAGCAAGAGGUCUGUACUUGGCAGAGCAAAAGUUGAGAAAGGAAAUGGGAUUGAGAGGAGUAAGAAAAGUCCCUGGGUGCAGUUGGAUACAGCUGAAUGGGAGAGUUUAUAUGUUCAAGUCAGGAGAUAAACUUCAUCCACAAGCAGAUGAAGUUUUGUCGCUUUUAUUUGGGGUUUCUGAUAAAUCAUAACAAAAGGGAACAAACUGCACACAGUGCUGGGCAAAGCAAUGAUUAUUUUCUUAGUUAGCUCACAUUCUGAGAGCAUAUCAUAGCCCUUCAAAGUCAUUGUUGAUAGGAGCAAGAGUGGGCUAAUACUACCAAAACUUUACUACUGUUUUAAUCUCGCAAUUCAUUUUUUGUACCUGUGGCGAAAACUAGUUAACAGUCAUCAGUUAUUCUGGUCUUUAUCAGCUGCUUGAAUGGAGAAAAGGUGAGGCAUAGAGCAAGAUGCUGAUGCCAGGUUGUAAGCAUUAGAACUUGAGAAGAACAAACCAUUUGCUUGAGCCAGGAAUGAUUUAGGACUCAAUGAUAAAAUGUUGAAGGCAAGAUGGGGUGGUCCCAUGGCACAUGUGGCCAAGGUAAUUAAUUGACUUGUCUGCUAGUGACCUGAAUUGCAGAUAGGUCAUUUUUGACUUUGGUACACUGCUUAAAAAUUGCAGAAAAAUCAUAUAUAUAGUCUUAGAAGAUCAUUAGAAGAUGAAGAAAUCAGAAUAUUUUAUAUGGGCCCAGUUUUGUGGUUAUUUCCCAUUUAAAAAAAAUCACCAUUUGAUCACUCGGAUAUUUUUGUGCCAAGUAACAUGCAACAAGGAGAUUGGUGAAGAAAUAAAGUUUGCCAAAGCAGAAUGAAGUCCCCGAGUGCCAGCCACAGAGAGAAUACCAUCAAAUACUUACCAUUGCUUUUACUGCUCUCUUUGAGUGCUGGAUAAUGUACUUGUUGCGGCUGUUUGCAAAGUAUAAUGUGGAUGCAAAAGAAUAGUUUAAUGCAUUGUGCAUCGUUGAUGCUGUCAGUUUAACCAUGGGGAAAUGGACUUUAUCAAGCUAACGAAAUGGGGCUAAGACCCAAGAAACUGUUUCACUGCAAAGCUGCAGGCGCCCCGACUGCUAUCAGGCUAUCAGCAACCCUUGCACAAAGUGAAAUCAUGUCCAAGGAAACACUCAUACUUAAUUUUCCUUUAUCAAUUUUCAGCAGUUUUAACUUUUAAGCUUUGAACUUGACAGGCAAGAUAUACUUAAGACACAUACUUGACAUCAAGUGAAAUGUUACAAAGGCAAGAUCUGCUAUUUGUUUAUUCAAGGUAUUACUCAUUUCCUUUUUGUUUUUCCUUUUGGUCCCAACAGACUGAAUAUCUACCGCUUCUGUCUAUAAAUUUGGAAGCCAAAGCCUUCCCGCCAAACAACAAAAAACAGCAAAAGAAAUGACUGGUCGCUUCAACCUGUCCAAACCAGCUUCAACAGGCUUAUCCUCACUCACUAUCGACAAAUUCCUCAAAGCCCAGAAAAACCUCUCUAAACCCCAACCAAAGCUGUGGCCCAACGAUCACCAACUCCAAAUCCCAUCCUCACAAGACAACCAACAACAGCGACCAGUCAUUUUAAGAAGAACCCGCCCCAUUUUACGAGCCUUUGAAUCAUGCACUUGUUUCAAUCAAUUCAACCAAAACCACACUCAACUCCUCAAGUCUGACCUCCUCCAACACCCUCCCGUGGUGACCUGGGUAUUGAAAAAGCUCUGCAACUCUUUGAAGUCAGUUUCUCAUGCCGUUUUGGUAUUUGAUUGUAUCAAAGAGCCUGAUACUUUGAUUUGUAAUAUUGUAUUGAAGGGUUUUUUGGAUUUUGAUGAUCCAUUUGGUGCUUUGAGUUUCUACUAUGAAAAAAUGGUGGGUAAAUUGGUUGAGUAUAAUGAGUAUACUUUGCCAUUGUUAUUGAAAAUUUAUGCUGAGAUUAGGUCUUUGAAAGAAGGGGAAAAGGUUCAUGCCCAGGUUUUGAAACUUGGGUUGGAGUCUAAUUUAUGUGUUAAGAAUUCUUUGAUUUGCAUGUAUUCGUUUUGUGGGCAGAUUGGGAUUGCCCAUGAGGUGUUUGAUGAUGGGUUUGUGUUGGAUUUAGUGACUUGGAAUUCGAUGAUUGAUGGUUAUGUGAAGAAUGAGCAGGUUGGUGUUGCACGUGAGCUGUUCAAUGAGAUGCCUAAGAGGGAUCAUUUUAGUUGGAAUUCAAUCUUUGCAGGUUAUGUGGGUGUUGGGGAAAUGGAGGUGGCGAGAGAGUUGUUUGAAAAGAUGCCAUUUAGAGCUCUUGUUUCUUGGAAUUGUAUGAUUGAUGGGUAUGCAAGGAUUGAAAAUAUUUGAGAGGCUCGUAAGCUUUUUGAUCAGAUGCCUGUAAGGGAUGUUGUUUCCUGGAACAUCAUGUUGGCAUUAUAUGUUCGAUGUAAGAAGUAUGCCAGCCAGACUUUAAUGUUGUUUGAUAGGAUGAUUGAGGUUAGGCCUAAUAGCGCUUCUCUUGUUAGCAUCUUGACCGCAUGUGCAAAUUUGAGGAGGCUUGAUAAGGGCUUGUGGGUUCAUUCUUUUAUUGACAAUAACUAGAUCAAAUGCCAUUCGUUACUUUCAACUACUCUCUUGACAAUGUAUGCAAAAUGUGGGGCUACGGACUUGGCUAGAGAUGUUUUUGAUAAGAUGCCUGACAAAAAUGUGGUCUCAUGGACUUCCAUGAUCACAGGAUAUGGUAUGCAUGGCCAUGUUGAGAAAGCCCUUGAGAUGUUCAUUGACAUGGAGAGGAGAGGUCAAAUGCCUGAUACCGCUACUUUUUUAAGUUGCUUAUCUGCAUGUAAGAAUGCAGGAAAGGUUUUUGAGGGUUGGUGGUGCCUUGAUAUAAUGUGCCGAGUUUACAAGAUUGAGCCUGAGGUGGAGCACUUUGGUUGCAUGUUUCAUCUACUUAGUUGGGUUGGUUUGGUGAAACAUUCAAAAGGGCUUAAGGGGAAGAUGCCUGUGCAGGCAGGGGCUUCCCUGUGGGGAGCUCUGCUUUUUGCAUGUAGGACCUAUUCGAAAUUAGAGCUUGGAGAGAUCAUAGCCAAGCGGCUAAUUGAGUUGGAACCGAUGGAUGUUGCGCUGUAUGUAUUAUUAUCUUACAUAUAUUCGGUGAAAGAGAAGUGGGGUGAAGUAGAAAUUACUAGAAACUUCAUCAAAGAUAGGGAAUUGUCAGAAACAAGUGCAUUACCGCAUCAGAGAACCAUGAUAUACUCUAUGUUGAUGGAGUUGGGCGUUCAGUUAAAACUGUCUUGUGGAGGUUCUUUUGGGGUUUGAGAUUUUAGGGAGAAUAAAAUGAUUGGAAAAAAGCACAAAAGGAACUUGUAGCUGGUCAAAGAAUAAAAAUUCCAGAGAAUACAUCUCUAGAAAAGGGCAUGGGUAGGGCAGUGGCUACAAUUAUAUAAACAUCACAGCUGGAUGGGCUUAGAAUAUCCGACUGCAGUUUAUCAGGAUAAGGCCUCGACAAUUUAAAGCUGAAGAGCUUUUGCUAUGCUAUUCGAGAAACUAGUUGGAGAACUUCCCUUCUUUCUGCACCUGCUUCAAGUGGAGAUUAUCACCAAACAGUAUCAUCUUACAUUGCCUUUAUUUAGAAAUCUUACCGCCUAUAUUCAAUGUCAACAACUCCUUGGGCUAAUAGAGAUGCAGCUGCAUCUGUGGUCUGAGCCAUCCUACCAAAGGCUCGUCUGCUCAGGAUAAAGUCGGUAUUGGGACCUGAGCCUUGAUCAGUUAUAACCACUGUCACACCGUCAUCUGAGCAAUAGUUGCUGUUGGUGCACCUCACCUUGCAAAAAGUUUGGAUAGUAGGCUGCUCGUGAAUGGGUGAAACAGUUGCUGCAUGUUGCUGCCUCUGCCAGACUUUGUGUGAGAAGCAAAGCUGCGAAAAGGAUCAAAAGGUAUUGAAGAGAAAGAGCCAUAGAGGAUUCAAUGAGCAAAGACAAUGAAAUCAAAGAAGAUAAGGGCAUGGAAUAACGGGGUCUGCAGCUGGUAUUUAUAGUGAAGCAAGCAGCCAAAAUAUCCUAGUCUGGUAAACCUUGCCAACUUUGACAUUCUGUAAAUAAACGUUGAGUGGAAUUCUGUUAGGAUUGUAUUUCCCAGCUAUCUUUUAAGACUUAGAAGUACUUGUUUUGGAACUAUGUGGAACAUCCCUCUUGACUUUUCAAAUUCUGAAGCACUUUUCCUUCCCUUA